CUGUGAAACUCGACUUCAACGCUUUCUCCAAAACUCAAGUCGCAUCUUCCAGCGUCUACCUCGCACCUCGGUCCAUCUUCCUAUCUCGUCCUCGCUUCAUCAUGCCCUACGAGAGCUUUGCCGGCGGCGCUGCGAAGCGCGUCUUCGCCAUCCUGAAUGUGACCCUCGACGUCGACCAAGAUGCGUAUGUGUACGAGGUCCAGAUCUCGAUGCCCGUGUACCUCCCCGAGAGCGACGUCAAGUACCAUGUCUACUCGGUGCUGCGCCGCUUCAACGACUUCAAGCGGCUCUACGAAGGCGUCGGCGACGUCGACGGGCUCAAGCUGCCCGAGUACGGCCUCUGGAGCGUCCUCCGCGCCGACGACGCUGCGUUCCUCGCGCAGCGCAAGCUCGGGCUCGAGACGAUGCUCAAGACGAUCGAAGAGAACGCGACCGCGAGCCGAUCCGGUGCGUUUGCCGAGUUUCUCGCGUCGCCUCAAAUGAAGCUCAACGGCGACGUGUCCUUCCAGCAGCUGACGACGACCGAGGACGCGACCAAGAGCCGAGCCAACUCGGCCGACCGGUCCUCGAACGCGACGCUCGUCGCCGACGACGAAGCCACGUCGGCUGACCCGUAGUCACCUUCUUAUCUUCCUCUUCCUCCUCCUCUACCUGA